UAAAUGGUGAUAGAAGGGUUGAACUGAUACUGAUAAACUGAGAAAAAGCCAUGGAAGAAAGUGGAGUAGCAGAACAACGAAGGAUGAGGAUGAAGGUGAUGGUGGGUGUAGAUGAGAGUGAUGGAAGCUUCUAUGCUCUGAAGUGGGCCAUUGAUAACCUCUUCACUGCCAUGGCUACUGUGGGAGAAGCGACUGAGGAAAAUGAGGGCAUGGUGAUUCUGGUUCAUGUUGAACCUAAUAAAGUUCAAAACUUUGUUCACCCAGUUGGACCUGGUGGAACUGCAGAAGUUUAUCCUGCAAAUGCAUUGGUGGAGUCAGUGAAGAAAGCACAAGAAGAAAAAUCAGCAUCUGUUCUAUCAAGGGCAUUGAAAAUGUGUCAUGAUAAACUGGUGAAAGCAGAAAGCAUGAUUCUGAAUGGAGAUCCAAGGGAGAUGAUCUGUGAAGCAGCAGAACAAAUGCAAGUUAAUCUUCUUGUUUUGGGGAGUCGUGGUCUUGGUGCUCUCAAAAGGACACUUCUUGGAAGUGUGAGUGACUACUGUGCACAUCAUGCAAGAACACCUAUCCUUAUUGUGAAACCUCCAGAGCAAAACAAAAAGCAGUAACCCUACUUUCCAGUUUCUUCUGCUUAUGUUUGAUGAUGAAUAGAAAUGUAUUUAAUGUUCUUUUUCUCUAAAAACAUCUUGAGUUUAUCUGCAUUAAAAUAAUUUAAAUGGUGUUCCUUUAUUUUGUACUAAAA